UAGCGCAUUAUCAGUUUGUCUGCGGCAGUGGCAACAGCAGCGCUUGUCCCAAAAAUAAAAUUUAUAUGCGAACAGACAAAUUCAUCUUAUCUUGGAAAAUCAUCAAAAAAAAAAAAAAAAAAGUGUUGAAAAAAAAGAAAAGAUCAAAGCAAAAACCUUAUCGAAAAUGCCACUGCAGCUGCUUAAAUUGCUGCUACUGUUGCUGCUGUUGAGGCGCCUCAAAGCCGAGUCACCACAAUGUUUUCAUUUCACCUGGAUAGGACCCUACGACAACAAAUCGAACAUAGCCAAGGAAAGCUGCGACGCCAGAGUGGGUGACUUCAAUGAGAUACCCUGCGAAAUGCCCCUCGUCGUCACUCCCAACGACACUGUGCCGGAUGUGAAGGCGCUGUGGAAGAACGAGACAUUGAAUCGCGAGCAUUAUCUGUGCCAGAUGUCGCCCGGCUACUCCUGCGUCAAGUACUCCUAUAUAUUCAAGGGUGGCAUACAAAAUAUAACGUAUAUGUGUGCCAAGGUGAACAACAGCAAUGGCUGCUACCGUGAAACCCAGGCGACGGGCAUGCAGGUGGAGGCUUGUGUUUGCACCUCUAAACUGGGUCUGAUACCCUGCAAUUGCAGCCCUACUGCGCUCUCUCGACCAAUUCUGGGCUUGGCCAUAGCUCUGCUCAGCGUGUUUAUUGCAGUUAAAUAAACAAAACAAAAACUGAAAAGAAUAAAAACAAAUGUAAAAAAAAAAAAAAAAAACAAAUAAACAAAUAAAAUAUUGUCACUGAUAACUCGUUGGGUACUUCAAGCGAUCGGAAGUGCAUUGGCAAUUUGUUUAGUUAACAUCACCGAGGGGUGGCUGAGGGGGGCGGA